CGUCAGGACCGCAGUUAAAGGCAGACGGUCUCCUUUGUGUUUAAACGUGUUUUUUACGCGGACGGACUGUCGGAGGGCGUGGUGGUGACUGGGUGAAGGUGUGCGUGGAAAGUGUGGAGGAGAUGUUUUGCUCAGCACGAUGGACCAGAGGAGAACCGUGUCCGGAUUGUCCCCGUGCUGUCUGCUCCUGGCCCUGGCUGUGUCUGCAGAGAUUUCUGAAUGGGCACACUUCAGUAUAGUGCAGAGUGCAGACCCACUCUCCUGUCCAGAAGGCCUCACAAAACUGGGCUACUAUAAUGGCUCAGUUUCUCACACGGACACAGGCUCCCCGUGCCUGAAAUGGACUGACUUCCCAGACUACAUGCAGCAGUACCCAAACCGAGGCCUGGGAGACCACAGCUUCUGCCGAAACCCAGACAGAGAAACCAAACCAUGGUGCUUCUUCCGGCAGAGCUCCGGAGCCAUUGGAUGGGCCUACUGCGACUGCCAGCAGGGUGCAGCCAGAUUGGUGGGGGGUUCAGCCAAUAGUGGGCGUCUGGAGGUCUAUCGGAAUGGCAUGUGGGGGGCAGUGUGUGACACACACUGGACUGACCGUGAUGCCAGCGUCAUAUGCAGACAGCUUGGACUGAGUGAGAUUGGCACAGCUCUACAGCAUUCCUACUUUGGCACCAGUUCCAUCUUCCACUAUGAGCGUCUUGGUUGCCUCGGUAAUGAGAAUUCCCUGCUGGAGUGCUGGAGCAGGAAGUUUGCCACCGGUGACUGUAACCAUGGCAAUGAAGCAGGGGUAGUUUGUGCUGAACCUGAAGGUACUGGAAUCCCUUUAAGGCUGGUAGGAGGCCUGGAGAAAUUUGAGGGCCGUGUCGAGGUGUACCAUAACGGCAGGUGGGGAACCAUUUGUGAUGACCAGUGGGAUGAUCUUGAUGCAGAGGUGGUGUGCCGACAGCUGGGCUUGGGGGGUGUUGCCAAAGCAUGGACAUGGGCCCACUUUGGCCAGGGUUUUGGUCCUAUCUUGCUGGAUGGGGUUCAGUGCACAGGUAAUGAACUCUCUCUGGAAGACUGUCCCCAUAACAACUGGGAGCAACACAACUGUGAACACAUGGAAGAUGCGGGAGUGUCCUGCAAUCCAUACACAGACGGUGCGGUUCGCCUGGUGGGAGCAAACAGUCACUGGGAGGGUCGAGUGGAGAUUUACUACCAGGGGCAAUGGGGCACUGUCUGUGAUGACAGCUGGACUGAGCUCAAUGCCCAGGUAGUGUGCAGGCAGCUUGGCUUCAGGGGGCAAGCAGGAGUGGCUCCUAACCGAGCGUAUGAGGAAGGUCGUGGAUUGAUCCUGCUGGAUGAGGUGCAGUGUCAGGGCACAGAGGCCAGUUUACUGGCCUGCACUCAUUCUCAGUGGGGACAACAUGACUGCUCACACAGUGAGGAUGUAGGUGUCUUCUGUGACAGGAAAGGUGAUACCAAUGAGAUAGCAAGCAAUUUUCCACCUAUAGGCCUUCUGGUGCGUUUGGCUGCUGGAGAGACCAGCAGGGAGGGCAGAGUGGAAGUCUUUAUGAACGGCCAGUGGGGAAGCGUGUGCGAUGAUGGAUGGAAUGAUGUUAACGCAGCUGUAGUUUGCAGACAGCUGGGAUUCACAGGUGUGGCUAAAGCUCGAUCCAUGGCCUAUUUUGGUGAGGGUCAAGGUCCAAUCCAUCUGGACAAUGUGCGAUGCUUAGGAAGCGAAAUCUUCUUAGACCAGUGUCCAGCUGAUGGACGAGAGGGCCACGAUUGUCGCCACAGUGAGGAUGCAGGUGUCAUCUGCGAUUAUAAGCUAGAUCCUGUGGGAGGUGGUGCCGUUUCACUGCAGACCUGUGGUCUGAGACUCAGUCAUCAGCGUCGCCAGCGUAGAAUCAUAGGAGGAGAAAAGUCACUAAGGGGUGAGUGGCCCUGGCAGGUGUCCCUGUGGCUCAGGUCUCAGUCUAAAGGUAAUCAUCCUCUGUGUGGUGCAUCACUCAUCAGCUCCUGUUGGCUUCUUACUGCUGCCCACUGCUUCAAGAGAUUUGGCAGAGACCCGGCCCGAUAUGUCUUGCGUCUCGGUGACUACCACACCGGGGAACAGGAUGACUUUGAACGCUCCUUGUCUCCAGAGCGCAUCAUCAUCCACAGAAAGUACCACAGUCAAAGCUGGGAGUAUGAUAUAGCCCUGCUGCGGCUCAAAGGCACAGAGGGAAACUGUGUGGCAUUCAACCCUCACACUGCAACUGUGUGUCUGCCAGAGCCGGGUAAUAAGUGGGAGAAGAGGCCAGCUGCCUGUGUAAUCACUGGCUGGGGCAUCACAGACUCGGAGUACUCGCGUACCCUGCUCCAGGCCUGGGUCUCCCUGCUUCCAGCCUUGAAAUGUAAGAAGCGAUAUGGUAACCACUUCACCAGCCGCAUGCUGUGUGCUGGGAGCCUGUCGAAGCAGCGCCGCGUGGACAGCUGCCAGGGUGACAGUGGGGGUCCUCUGGUUUGUGAAGGGGAAAGGGGUCGCUGGGUAUUGACAGGAGUCAUCUCUUGGGGUCACGGCUGUGGUAACCCUUCAUUCCCUGGGGUUUACACACGUGUUAGCAGGUUUGUGCGAUGGAUUAACAAAGUCAUCAACAAGCCCUACAAGAACUGAUGAUCGAGAGUGUUUUUCAGCCUGCUGAGUGUCUCAAGAGGAAUUAGACCUGAUGGUAAUUACUGUCUGGUCACACCUGCGAUCCUAAACUACACUGGUUUGAGUCGUUUAACUUUCCCGAUUGCUUCAAACUGUAUUUGAAUGGCACUGUAUGCUAUUCUCAGUCUGACCUGAGAGCAGGUUUCCACAGAGCAGGAGACACCUGUGCUGAGUUCGCCCAAAACGGCUUCUGUUUGUUUCUCUUCCAGUUUCUGCUUUAAUUCCAAACUGACAGAAGAGGAAUGAGGACUGACACACCUGAGCCAAGAGAAUUUGGAUGUGGAGGGCCUUUGAACAUUUCUCAUAUCUACAUAUGGCACAGAUAAAAAGUGCUGCACUAACCAGUCAUGAAAAAUGUAAUAACUCUGUAAUAACUCUGUAAUCUGUGCCUCAAAGAUGGUCGUGGAGGCAGAAGUUACUGACUGUCAGCAUUAAGUUAAAAACAGUGCAUCUCCAGAAUAAUAUAUAACAGAUUGAUCUGCUUCAUUGGCAUUUCUCAGACUCACAUAUUUAUGUAUAUUAUAAUAUUUAUUGGGAAUCUAACCAUUAAAUAAAUGUUACAGAGUUUAUUGCUGUCAGUUAGAGGUCUAAACUAAUCUAAGCUGUGGUUUUGAUGAACUGUACAGCUGCUGAGAGGAUUCAUGUUUUAAUAAGUGAUGUGAGCAGGUGCAUCAACAGACGGUUAAAAUGCUGAUUUAAAACCUUUGAUCAUUUCAGCAGAUCUCUCUGUUACCUGGUGGGUGAUCUAAAUAUUUUUGGACUAUUGCGCUUCACGUGCAGCUGAUGUCAGCAGUCAGUGUGCUCUGCACAGUAUUAUAGUGCUGAUGCCACACCAAAGUGUGUGUGUGUACCGCUUUAGUGCAAAGGGUGUGCCAUAUUUGUGUUAUUGUUGUAUAAUGUAUCUAUGCUGAGUUUAAGUUAUACUGGUGGGUAACAAAUCCAUAACUCUUGAUGCCUGCAGUGAGAGUCACUGCAAAUCAGUCCCAGUUAUUUACCAUUUGCUCUUUCACAAAAUAUUCCUGAGGUUUCACUUCCAGGAUAACAGCGUCCCAGUUCAUGAGGCACGGCAGCUCCCGAACGGUUUUAAAUGAUGCCAAAUGUUUACUAUCCCUCCAGCAGGGUUCCAGAGAGCUAAACCAAAGCUGGUGGUGUGUGACAGCCAAUCAUCUUACUGAAAAGAGUUGGGUUUUUCCUUUAAUUUGUCACCCCAUUAAAACCACGGUGGUUAGCACAGCAAGAAGGGCUCGAGUCCACCUUGGCCCGGGGCGUUCUGUGUGGAGUUUGUUCUCUCUGUGUCUGUGUGGGUUCUCCGGUUUCCUCCCACAGUCCACAGACAUGCAUUUACUGGGAUUAAGUUAGUGAUUCUAAAUGGCCCACAGGUGCGAAUGGUUGUCUCUCUCUGUGUUAGGCCUGUGACAGGCUGGUGACCUGUACAGGUGUACC